UCUUUGACCCCCAUGUGAACAUUGUGAAGGCAGACUGGUCACCAUUACGCCCAAAUCCAUGGCUCUGUUGGUGGACCUCUCUCCCUGGAGGACAAAAUUUCAGGAGAUAAGAGGACUCUUUGGACAACCAGAGUCUUCAUCGCAGACUUCCCAGGUCUCCACCUAGAUAACUAUGUCAGUGAGGACCUGGGCAACACCAGUGUGCAGGUGCUGCAGGGCCUGCUGAAUGUUAAGAUAGUGGAUGAGAAGGAGAACUACACGCUCCAACCUGGAGAGCAGAAGCAGCUUCCUGCUGGGGCUGAGGAGCCGUCCUGCUACAUGUACAUCUACGGCAACUCCACAGAGGCAGCGCUACAGAGGAACUUCACUAAGCUGUUUGAACUGCAGGAGCGGGUCCGCAACGGAACAGAAACAGAGCCCCUGCUUCCAGAGCUCCUGCCUCCAGAGCUCCAGCCACUCAUCACUGGAGACAACGAUGAGGGGUCAGAGGUCAAUGUGUCGGAUCCCGUCAUCCGGCUGUUUCUACGCCAACAGUGACGAAGUAAGGAAGUGAAGAGGCACAGGGAAGCCAACAUGGUCGAAAGGCUGAACCAGUUUACUGUGAAAGUACUACAUGCUGCGGCAAACAAAUAUUUGGCAAUCGAUUAGGAAUGCCUUGGAUCGCGAUCGACUGGUUGGUGACCACUAGCUUACAUGCUCUGGCGAGGGUUGUCACUGGGGAGGAAACACAAAACGCCUGGGACAAGCUGAACAAAUGGGACAGCUGCCAGGACUGUGCCCAAAUAAUUGAACUCCUUACAGUCCUUCUCUCCAAUCCAGACAUUCAGACCAAGAUCAGGAGCGAGCUGGAGAAACUGUGUGACCACAUGCCAGGUCCUGCAGCACCUAAACUGUGCCGGGAGCAGGUGGAUAAGAAUCUCCCACUGUCCUUCGCCUUCUUGACCAGCUUCGCCAAACCAGCUCAGGUGUGCUCCGUGUUGGGACUGUGUGGCUCCCAGUCAGAGGGCCAGCAGCAUGACCUACUGAACAAUCACAUUCAAGACACUCUGAAGUCAGCCAUGACAAUGGUGCAGUUCUCACCACAAUGUACGUUCUGCGUUUAUCUCAUCAAGAUACUGAAGAAUAUGCUGCCAAAAAUGGCUGUGAUUGAUAUGCUGGGAAAGGUGUGUGGCAUUCUGCCCUCAUCUUACAGAGAUCAGUGUGAGAACCUGAUAGAGAAGUAUGGUAAGAUGCUGAUGGACAUGCUCCUGAGCUACAUCAACCCUGAGGCCAUCUGCACCCUCAUUCAAGUCUGUCAUGGCAUGGAGACGCUUGUCAGUGAGAGUGCUCCUCUGUCUGACUGUGACUCCUGUCUGACCCUGGCGGUUUUGACUCAUAUACAGCUGGGCUCCAAUGCUUCAGAGCUCCAGACCGCCUCCUUCCUGGGCUCUGUCUGCCAGCUCCACCCCAAUGCCCUCCCCAAGUGUGACGGCUUCACCAAGCUCCACGGCCACCAGCUUAAGGGGGUUCUGGGUAAACCAGAGUCUGCCCUUAAUGUGUGUGAGAGGGUGGGGCUGUGUGGGGGAGUGAGAGAGGACCCAUGCAUUCUGGGCACCAGCUACAGGUGCAGAGACCUCAAGACCGCCCUGGAAUGCGGGACAGUGUCCUUCUGCCAGAAGUUUUUGUGGAAGUAAGAACCUUCACCCAGCACCUACUCACAAAGUGGACGACUUACAAUCCCAAGAUUUAGAGCCUGCAGCAUUUGCUACGAUGAAUGAUCCCAAAGCUGUCAACAUCAAAUUGUAAAAACUUGAUAUUUACUGUGUCAAUAUCAGAGAACAUGUCCUGCAGACAUGGAAAUUGAUUGCACGGAGUAUUUUGCAAUGAUAUUUUAUAAAGCUCUUUUGUCCUUUUAUCUGCUGUACACUGUAUGAACUCCACAAAGCAAGUCAAUGAAUUCCUAGGGCUGGGGAUUUAUCACGAGAUCAGUCAAGAUAUUGAAACUAGACAUUCUUUAUAUUUGCUGUAAAGGUGGCCUAGAAAAGGUACUGGGGAAAUGAUUAGAUUAAACUAGGGCUGAGAUGUUGACACACCAACGAUAUGAAGAACUGACUUGCAACGUGUAUGCUUGCGAUUUUGGCUGUACAUGUAGUCAUAAAAUCCUUCUCAAAUAUAUUGGUGUUCAUGCCCAUUCUCCUCAUUACCGAAAUGUUAAAUCAGGUGUGAUCAAAGCUAAACAACUAUAUGAAUUUACUCAAAUAAUAAAAACAGUUUCCUUUACAGC